AUGGUCGAUAGCGGUGUCCCCCAGGGUUCAGUACUGGGACCCAUUUUGUUCCUUAUCUACGUGGACGAUGCCGCAAGAGAUUUAGACUGUGAAGUAGCAAUGUUUGCGGAUGACACGAAGAUGUGGAGUGUAAUUCGGGGUCCUGCCGAUGAAGACAGACUGCAGAUGAACCUGAAUCGGUUGGAGGAGUGGUCAAACCGUUGGCUCCUGCGGUUCAACGUUGCCAAAUGUAGCAUACUUCGCCUAGGCAACACAGCCAGAUCCGCCAGCACAAGAGGCUACUUUCUGGGCGGUGCAGCCCUACAAGAGGUCGAAGCCCACAUGGACCUCGGUGUGCUUACGACGAGUUCCCUAUAA